AGAGAGGGAAGCAGAGGCCGGCCGAGUGCUGCCGCGCUUUGUACACGAGACGCCAAAGGAAGGCGGAAGCGGCGGCGUCCCUGGGUCUUCGCUCCGCGGAAGCACUCCGGAAGUGACGCGCACACACCGCGGGAGCCCUUCGGUUCUGUUGCCCCGUCGCGGGUUUGGGCCGCCCCCCCAGUGGGGCUCAACCUCGCAGCCUCCUUCCUUUCAUCUGGAAGUGUACGCCCGAGUAUUCACGAUGAGUCUCCCGAGAGCCGAAGGCGGGAGCGCGGCCUCUGCUUUCCUCUCACCAUCGCCUCGCUGCCUUUGGACGGUUCUGGGGGGGCGAGCUCUCAGCAGAGGGCGCCUCUGAGCCCUGGCGGCCCUGAGCGCUCCCGGGGCCGGGCGUCCCCGUGGCGCGGGCCGGGAGCUCCCGGAACGUGCCUCGGCCCUCCUUCCAUCCCCCGACCCCGCCGGUAGGGCGUCCAGCCCACCAUCACCUGGCCGCCAUCGCGGGUUUAAACAAGGGCGCAUAGCCUGCUGUAGAGAGCGCAGGCCUCGGACUCGGCCAGGCGGCCUUUUAGUGCUUACCAGCAGGCGGCCCAUAGAGCCCUGACCCCGACUCAGGAAGGCCUCAGUUCAAACCCAACCUCAGAGGCUUGCGAGCUGUAUGACCCUGGACAAGUCACUUCCCCUUGUCUGUCCGUGUAGCCUAGGGGCGUUAGCAGCACCCUCCUCCUGGUCAUGGAGAGGAUCCCAUGGGAUAAUGUUUGCACGGGUUUUGCCCACCUCCCAAGUCCUGGUUAAUGAUGCUGCUGUGUCCUAGGCCCAGGGCUGAGCACCCCUCGGGGGGCUCCCCUCUUCUGGGGGAGAACAAAUGGAAAUGUGGACAGAUUCACGGAUAAGGCGAAUGCCAGAUGCAGGCAGGAUCGCUGGAGGGGACUCUGCCACGGGACCGAGUCUCCGCCCUGGAUUCCAAGAAUCAGCAGCCACAGAUCCCACCAAGUGUGAGCCGGCCAAGUAGAGAACAGGGGAAGUGACCAGACGGCGGCCCUUUGAGUCUCGCUUGGCAACAGCUGCUCUCGCCUCUCCCCCGCCUGUGGCCCCAACACAUGAAGGGAAGAGGACCAGCGCCUCAGCCCCCUCUGCCCCAGGGGACUUGGGAUCCCUCCCUGUCGGACCAUCGUUCCAGCGAAACUGGACACUGGGCAAGGGAGCGCUGGCCAUCCAGAGAGGUCGGAGCAUUUUGCAGAUGGGGAAACAGAGGGGUAAAGGGGCCAUGAUGGUUCCUCCUGCCUGCCUAGGCCUUCUCAACAUCCUUGAAAUCAGAAAGGGAGGGAGGGAAGGAGGAAGGAAGGCCAGUCCGCUUGGUCCUUGGAGAGGAAAAGGAAGGGACUCGUGGGAGCAGUUGGUGUCGCCUGGACCCAGAGGCAACAAGAACCCCUGGGGGGCCAGCGUGCAGGCCUCCUCUCUCCUGGUCAUCCUCUGCAGACAGCAGUGCUGCGAGGCUUCCUCCUUGUCGAGCCCUUUCUUCUAGUCACCGUCGCCGAGAUUCUUCGGAAAGCAUUUUUCUGCCCGAUUGUCUUCUCCAGAGAGGACAAGAGUAGAAAGGGAAAGAAGUAGAUAGGAGGCCCCAGGAGAGAGCCCAGGGAGGCCCCCAGAAGCAGGCACUGCUCUGCGGUGCCCAGGGCUGCCAAGAGCUCUAGAAGGACGAGCACCAGAAAGGCAGAGGGGAGGGAGACGCGGCCCCAAGGACGAGAGCCUCCUUUGCUCCGGGACAGCUUUCUUUUUUUAAGGAAUUCAUGUAUUUUUUGCCAAUUACAUGUUCCACCUCAGUCUUCUGAGGUUAUAUGAGCCCAACUGUGUCCCUCCCUUCUUCCUCCUCCCCCUUGGAGCUGCCAAGCAAUCUGGUCUGGGUGAUGAUGGGGGAGAGCUGAAUAGGACACCUGGGCCGGAAGGGACACCUUCUUCAGGCUCCAGGAAGUAGUUUAAAAAUUGGAGAUUUGUUCCAUUGAAUGCAAGCUGGAUUAUUGAGUGGAGCUGGCCCGGAGGCAGGAGCACGAGGAUCCUGCCUCUCAGGAGAUGGGAUUUGGCCUACUUUGUACCCUCUUGACAAUAGGGCCUGCCUGAUGAGAGGUUGCUCAUUGAGAACCACUGACUACUUCUGUCCAGUGUCCUUUGAGAGUGGAGGCAGGAAAGCCCGGCAUGGGGGUGCAUGAUCUGUGGCAGAUCUUGGAGCCUGUCAAGCGGCAUAGCCAUCUCCGCAGCCUCCAGGGGAAAACCCUGGCAGUGGAUCUGAGUGUCUGGGUGUGCGAAGCCCUUACGGUCAGAAAGAUGGCGGGCACUGUGGCCAGGCCUCAUCUCAGGAACUUGUUUUUUCGGAUCUCGUCCCUGACCCGGAUGGGGGUAAAACUGCUCUUUGUCAUGGAGGGCGACGCUCCCGGACUGAAAGCAGAUGUCAUGAGCAAGAGGAACGAGGCGAGGUACGGGCCCCCCCAGAGCCGGGCGCACAGACCCACGAGAUCCUCUUUCAGAGCCAUCCUAAAAGAGUGCCUCGACAUGUUGGCGUGCUUGGGCAUUCCCUGGGUCCAAGCAGCGGGGGAGGCCGAGGCCAUGUGUGCUUACCUCGAUGCCCACGGCUACGUGGACGGGUGCCUCACCAACGACGGAGACGCCUUCCUGUACGGGGCGCAGACCGUGUAUCGCAACUUCACUCUGAACGCCAAGGACCCCCACGUGGAUUGCUACACGAUGGCCUCCAUUACGAGUGAGCUGGGCUUGGACCGAGACUCCCUGAUUGGCCUGGCCGUGCUGCUGGGCUGUGACUACCUUCCCAAGGGUGUCCCGGGGGUUGGCAAGGAGCAGGCGCUGAGGCUUGUCCGGGCUCUCCGAGGGCAGAGUCUCCUCCAGAGGUUCGAUCAGUGGAAGGAGGAGCCUGACAGCCCUGAGCUCGCGCCGCUCUCCGCCAAGAAGCCGGCUCACUGCUCCGUGUGCUCCCACCCAGGCUCCGCCCAGGACCACGAGCGCCGGGGGUGUCCGUGCUGCAGCAGCGAGCGGGGCUGCGACCCCCACGCCGACGAGCGCCUCUGCCCCUGCGAGUGGCACCGCGAGCAGCAGCGCCGCGCCGUGGAGAGCGCCGUGAAGAGGCGAGCUCGCGGCUGCGCAGGCUUCCCCUUCCGCGAGGUUAUUCGGGAAUUCCAGCUGAGCAAGGACACACUGACCGUGGAGAGCGUCCACUACCGGAGACCCGACCUGUUGUCUUUUCAGGUGUUUGCGCUAGAAAAGAUGGAGUGGCCGAGGCCAUACGCGUGUGAGAAGCUGCUGGCGCUCCUGACCCAUCACGACAUGACGGAAAGGAAGUUUGGCCGGACGGGUCCCGACCAGCUGCGGCCAGUGCGGAUCGUCCACCCCCGUGUCCGGAGCGGUGUCCCGUGCUUUGAGGUCCAGUGGCAGAAACCAGAGCACUAUGUGACGGACGCCGUGGGCUCGGAGGUCCCCUCGGUGCUCACAGUGGAGGAUGCAUCCUUGUUCCAAGCCGCCUACCCUGACGUGGCUGCCUUGUACCAGAAGCAAGUGCUGGAAGCCCAGGGGAGGAAGACCAAAAGUAAGAGGACUCGGCCUGAGGCGGGGGGCCUGGCCCGAGUGGAGGCCGUCACGGAUCUUCUGUCCCGAGUGGAGCUCUCUGCUGACCCGGCCCAGGGGAGAGGGGGCGUCCCCCCUCCCACGGAGGCCCCCCCGGCCCCUGCCCCUCCGAGGCGGGGGGCCGCCAUGCACGAGGCCCCCAGGAGCCCUUCACCAUCUAUGUCUGAGCCUCUGGACGAGAGCUCGGUGCUCGAGGCCCUCCAGCUGAGCACCAUCGACUGGGAGGGCACCUCCUUCAGCGCCUCGCCAGCCACCAAGGCCCCCACGGCCUCGGCCAGCCCCUCGGACCCUGAAGGGGACCCCGGGCGUGCAGCGGUACCCGGCACCCACAGCAUCCAGGACCUCCGGCCUCUAAGGGAGCGCGUGUGUGCCCGGGCCCCGGGCCAGCUCCAGGCUUCCUCCCCCCCAGACCCAUCUCCCUCCCAGCGGGCAGGCUCGGACGCUUCAUCGGCACAGAAGGGAAAAGAAAGCUCCAUCCCUGGAGGCCACUCUUGCUGUGACCCCCAGCAGAUCCAGGGGAGUCUCCCGUGUGCUCCCCCUGGAUUUCGUCUGCACGACAGCCAGGAGAAACCCACCGUGGCCCUUGGGAGAGCCCCGUCUGCCAGGGCCUGCAUGCCCCGUGCUCUUGGGCAGCCGGUGGCCAGAGCCCCCUGCUCAGGGCUCCCCCGAGGUCAGCCUGGGCCUCAGAGCGCCCCAAGGAGAGUCCCCCAAAAGAGUGUGUGCCUGCCCCGCGGCUCCUCGGACGAGGAGGAAGACCCCCCGGGCAGCAAAGGGACGGGCCGACAUGGGGAAGGGAAGCCUCGGUCCUCUCGGCCUCCCCGUCCUCCAAGCCCAGAGCCCAGAGCGGCUGGUCACAAAGCCAGGGCAGCACCUGUUGCUGCCUUUGCAGAUGCAGCCCGCAGUCCUCUGUGCCUGGCAGUGUGCCCGCCUCCACCCAUUCCCGCAGAAGAGAAAACUACCCACGCCAUCUGGGAGAGCCCUCUCCCACUAGCUCAGAGGCUGCAGCUGAGGCUCCAGAGAAGCUGACCAGACUGGCCGCCUGCAGCCGCGUGGCCCCACCCUGGGAUGUGACACGGGCAUUGCUGUGAACUCCAUGGCCAUAUCUGGACUCACAGGGGAAAGGAUGGAUUCAGGUGGAAUCUCACCUAGGGUCAGGGGCCAGGGAAGGACGGCUCAGGAGGUGGUCUUGGCCUGUUCCCGUUCCCCAAUCAAAGGCGGCUUCUGCCCAUGGAGGAGGCCAGAGGCAACCAGAAAUGGGGGCCAGCCAUCCCAGCCUCUCCAUCUCCCUGGGAACUGAGGACAGCUGUCCGAAGGCACAGCCUGCCGAGGGGCUGACCAAGGGCCUAGGCCCCUUCCAGGGGUCGUUCUAAGCCUCUCAGACUCCACUUUCCCCAAGUGCACCUCAGCUGGACUCUUGUACAGGGAAGUUAUUAAACUACAUUUUACAUUUUG